UCCACAAUUGUUGCUGGUGCGAGUCGCGCGACGGGCCGCGGCGGUCGAAUUUCUGCAGACCAUUUGGAAAAGAGCAUUACCGGUGGAAUAUCGAGGCGGUUGGGCUUACGCAAAGAGUGACCACAUUAUUUUGUCAUCAAUCUGGUUCAUCACAUCGUUGGCAGGGAUUUUGUUUUGUGAGUAGAAGGUUCGUUGGCAGCGGCAUUUGUGUACAGAUACUUACGCCAUUUUUGUGGUCAGGUAGCUGAGCAAAGAUGGCCAAGUGGGGGGAGGGUGACCCACGGUGGAUUGUUGAGGACCGCCCUGAUGCCACAAAUGUCAACAACUGGCAUUGGACGGAAAAGAACGCUGCUGCCUGGUCCAAGAGCAAGAUGGAAAGUUUGCUAGUGGGACUCGUGAUAGAUGACGACAAAGUAGGUCGAGCCGAAGUAACGAAAAUCGAAAAAUGCGAUGGUGAUGCUUCGGUAAACAAUAGGAAAGCCAAGCUGAUAUUCUUCUAUGAGUGGGACCUUAAGCUGGAGUGGAAGGGAAAGCUGAAUGGCUCCGACACAGAACACCACGGCUUUGUAGAAACACCAAACCUCUCGGAUGAAAACGAUGAAAGCGACCUGGAUAUCAGUGCUUCAAUCAAGUCCACGGGCCCCGGCGCCGAGAUCAUGAAGGAAAUGAUGAGGAAAAAGGGCGCCGACAUCAUCAGGAAGAAGCUUGGGGAGUAUGUCAGCGCGUUGAAGUCUGAGUUCACCGCAGGGAUGAUAUUACCGAGCAACAAGGAGGCCGGCGGGGGCGCCAACGACACGAAAGCGACCGUCACCAAAACUCAGUUCAAUAACUCUACAAACAAUUUGUGCAAGAUGGAAAAGCUGGACAUCGGAGCCAAAAUCGCCACCGCCACCCUCACCGACACCCAACAGUUCAAGUGUACCGCCGAGGAGCUGUAUAAUGCUGUGACCGUGAAGGAGAUGGUGGAGGCCUUCACGAACGGGCCGGCGCGGCUGACGGCCGAGCGCGGCGGCGAGUUCAGCCUGCUGGGCGGCAACAUCAGCGGCACGUUCGAGGAGCUAACGCCCGGCCGGCGGCUGGUGCAGCAGUGGCGGCUCAAGUCCUGGCCAGGCGGCCACCUCUCGACCGUCACCAUCGAGUUCGAGCAGAAGGACGACUGCACUGAGCUGCGGCUCAGCCAGACGGCCGUGCCGGCCAGCGAGCUGGAGCGCACGCGCCAGGGCUGGCAGCGCUACUACUGGGACGCAAUGCGGCGAACGUUCGGCUUCGGCGCUGCGCUGCUCUAGAGCCGCGCCCGGCCGGCCGACCCGCCGCGCCGGCCGAGACGCGGAGCCCGGCGCGCCUCGUGACGGAGGGCGCGGCCGUGGCCGUCCGGCCCAGCGUUCUGUCUUAGGUUGUUCGUGAUGCCCGUGCCUCUGCCCUUCUCGCCCGCUCCAGUGUUUUGGUCGGUUCCGUGCCGCGCUCGAAAUCUGGUCUCCGUUGUGUUCUGUGUAAACUUCGUCGUAGCGUUGUCGUGACGCGCUACGCGGUUCCUUCUCUUGGUCUUCUGCAGAGGCAUGACCUUAUCUUGUGGCGACUUGCGCAGUGACGCAACAGUGUCUAGUGGCACGCUCGCCUCUGUAAACUGUACUGGUGGUAUAUUCCAUUACAGUACGAAUGGUAUGCUGGUGGCACUCACCUGGUACAUACCAGUCGCCUACGAGCCAACGGGCGCUGUGUGGCCGUGCAGUCGUGGUGCCCUAAAGGACAAAUAACCAACCAACCAACCGACCUCCAAACCGCGGCAAGGUCGGAGGCUUCCCGUCGUCGGUUUGCUUCCUCAAAUUAUGCCUCAUAUCCGCACUGUCGCCCCGUACAUGUUCAUUAUUUACAACUUUUUAUCGGUUCCUAGUGCAAUGAGCAAUGGUGUCGCUGCCGCGAUGUGUUGCAUGACUGCACUGAACUCAUCCGGUUGGCUUUGAGACAUGUGUGCAUUCAACGCGUUCCUCAGUUGCUGUUCGUCACUUUCCUCGUCUUGUUUGGCUGGAAGGAAUCGAUCAACAAACGCGACAGACACCUCG